CAUUGUGGUGAAGGCUGGUGUUGUGGCUGCACUGUCUGAGAUUCAUAGACAGCGGAGAGAGUUAAACUAGUCGCUCUGUGGCUCGCUGCUUGCACAGCAGUUGAGUAUAAUGGAGGACUCUGAGCUGCUGUUGGCCUCGAGGUCGGAGGAGAGGAGGCUGGACAACGGUCAGUGCAGGUGGAGCUCUCAGACGCUGCAGACGAAGGUGGUGGAGGACUUCAGACGGAGGCUAAAGUACUUCUUCAUGAGCCCCUGUGAGAAAUACACAGCCAGGGGGCGCAAACCGUGGAAGCUGAUGUUACAAAUAUUAAAAAUUGCAAUCAUCACAAUCCAGUUAGUCUCUUUCGGCCUGAGCAACGAAAUGAUGGUCAACUUCAAAGAUGAAAAUCUGGUGACGUUCAAACAUCUGUUUCUAAAAGGAUACAAGGACCACCGGAUGGGAGGCUAUGCGCUGUACACGAAAGCAGAUGUGAAUGAUCACAUCUACUACAUUAUCAACAGGUACAUCAAUCUCCAAAACCUGACAAUGGGUAACCUUGCAUACGAGAGUGUCGAUGGCGAGUACACUCCUCUGUCUGUCUGUCAAGAGUUUUACAGAAACAGCAGCAUCGAUCCUGGAAAUGAGACCUUUGACAUUGAUCCACAUGUUGAUAAAGAGUGUGUUUCCAUAUAUCCUGUGCAGUCGUUUGACAGCGGCGGUUUGGCCGCACGUGUGAACUUCUCUUUAGAUUUCAAAAGGCUGCUAUCUGUGAACAUCUACCUUACUCUGAAAACAAUCAACCUGCAGACCGUGCGGCACCACGAGCUACCAGACUGUUAUGACUUCCAUAUAAUGAUCAGGUUUGACAACCGUGCACACAGUGGAAAGAUAAAGGUUGAUGUUGAAAAUGAUGUGAGGAUUUAUGAAUGCAGAGACUGGAACGUGGAAGGUACAUCUGGUAAGAAUGAUUACCUCCUCCUGUCGCUUGACUCUGUGGUCAUCCUCGCCUGCUUCAUCUCUUUCAUCCUCUGCACGCGAUCCGUCAUCAAUGGCAUCCGACUCCAGUUUGAGUUCAACAUAUUCUUUCACGCCUACUACAAUAAAAUAGUGUCUUGGUCCGACCGCAUGGAGUUUGUGAAUGGCUGGUACAUCCUCAUCAUUGUGAGUGACACGCUGACCAUCGCUGGGUCAGCGCUCAAAAUUGGAAUACAAACAAAGUACCUGACAAACUAUGACAUCUGCAGUAUCUUGCUGGGUACAGCCACCAUGCUCGUCUGGGUCGGAGUGAUUCGUUACCUUGGUUUCUUCAAGAAAUACAAUAUAUUAAUCUUAACCUUGAGGGCGGCGUUCCCAAAUGUGAUCCGAUUCUGCUGUUGUGCGGCCAUGAUCUACCUCGGGUACUGUUUCUGUGGUUGGAUCGUCCUUGGGCCUUACCAUGACAAAUUUCAAACGCUCUACAAGGUGACAGAGUGCCUCUUCUCUCUCAUCAACGGGGACGACAUGUUCGCCACCUUCCUGGGGUUGAGACACGAGGGCUACAUGGUGUGGCUUUUCAGCAGACUUUACCUCUACUCCUUCAUCUCUCUCUUCAUCUACAUGGUGCUCAGCCUGUUCAUCGCUCUCAUCACCGACACCUACGAGACCAUCAAGCAUCACCAGCAGGAGAAGGUGCCAGUGUCCCAGCUCCAGUGCUUCAUAGCAGAGUGCAGGGACCAGCCUGAGUCUGGAAGAUACCAGACUGAUGAAGAGCCAGCUGCCUGCUGCCUCUCUCCGUGCUCUUGCUUUGGAUGAAGAGAGAAAACGGUGGCUUUAACAGUGCCAAGUGUGGACAAAGAGUUGGCACAUCUUGAGACUGAUAGGGCUGCAAAGAGUCCCGACUGUCUGCAGGGAGAAUUUGAUUAUACUGAUGCGUGAUGAGAAUGCCAGAAUAUCCUCUUACUCAAGUAGAAUUUAUUUAACUUGUUUUUUUACUUGAAUUGCUGACACACUACUGAUGUAAAAUGCUCAGAGGACCAGUUAGUUAUAUGGUCACUAGUGUAAUAACCCGAUGGUAGUAAUUUCAAUAUGAAUAUGCUCAGAUUUCUGAUAAGGAAUUUCCUCCUGACUGCACAAUAACAGUAUAACUGUAGGCUGUGUGUGUCUUGAAUGUACUACUUAAUUUAAAAUUAAUACGUGAAAGUAGAUUUACCGAUUUUAUAAUCGAACUCAUCCUGAAUGUACGAUAUAAUGAUCAAAGCUACUCAAUUACAGUAAAGUUCAUUGUUAAGUGGUUGCUUUUCAUCCUUUGUAGUAUAUUGUUGUACUGUGCAUUUUUCUGUAUGUAACUAUAUGGAUAUAUGAAAUAUAUAUAGAAUGUAUCAAUGGUUUUACUUUGUGUAUUUUAUGUGGCUCAGACCAAAUCAAUCUUUUUUUGUCAAAGUCGACUCUGACUCAUCAUAUUCUAUAUUCUAUUCUAAUAUACUAUGUUUGUCUUUAGCUCAACAUAAUAUUUUCACUGACAAU